CUAAGGUAACUAUAGUUUCUUCAUGUCUACUAUUUAGUGGCGCCUCGAGUUCUUAUAUUCAUCUAGAUGCCGCUUUUCUCAUCGAAAUAAUGAUGAUCCAUACGAAAAAACUAGCAAAUUCAUGUAGUCUCAAAUGGUUUUCGAGGAUUUGUCCUGAAAAUGAUACGUAUUCAUCAAAAAUUCAAACUUGCUGUCAGUCCCAUGCUCCAGGUACCAAACGGCAUCUUGGUUAUCAAAGAGCUUUGCAUGCCCUGGAACCAUUCUUUGCCAAUCGAGUGCCGCAUAUUUCAUUAAAUGAUCGAGUUUUCUUAGCGAAAGAUCCACAUUUGAAUGGUCUCAGAGGCUUUGGCUCUGGUAUAACGCCGGAAGAUCGACAGAUAUUGCAUCCCAGCAAUCGAAACUUUGCAAAGGCUCAGGCUGUUCUUCUUGAUUAUCUUCAUUCCACUAGAGGCAUAUAUUUCACUGAUGCGGAGCACAUCAGUAAAAACUGUCCUAUUUUUGUUUGGAGGAUCUUGGAGAAGGUAGAAGAUAAAGAAGAGAUUGGAAGGGCACUAGUUAGGUAUCUUCGCUACCAUCCUAUUAAUGAGUUUGAGCCAUUCUUUGAGAGCAUUGGUCUGAAACCUUCUGAGUAUAUUCCAUUUCUUCCCCGAGAAUUGAUGUUUCUUUCUGAUGUUGAAGAAUUACUUAAUAACUACCGUGAUCUUUGUAAUUAUGGCAUUGCUCGCAAUAAGAUAGGAAAGAUGUACAAGGAAGCUAAAGAUAUUUUCAUGUAUGGGCCCGGUUUGUUAAAAUCAAAGCUUCUAUCUUAUGAGCAACUUGGUUUGAGGAAGUAUACGGUGAUCAAACUCGUUGCUUCUACUCCAGUUCUUUUGUUAGGUGAUGUUAACAAGGAAUUUGUUCUGUUGUUGAAGAAUUUGGAGGAGAUUGGCUUACCACGAGAUUGGAUUGGAGGGACUGUGUCUGAGAAAAAUACUUGUUUCUGGGGUAAAAUGUUAGUGCUUUUGAAAUUUUUCAAGGACAUGGGAUUUGACGAGAAAAAGCUUGGGACUUUAAUUAGUAAGCAUCCUAGCUUUUUACUUGAUGGUUCAGGAGAAGCUGUGUUUUCUGUGACUUGUCUUCUUCUGAAGAUGGGUGUUUCAAGAAAGGAAAUUUUCUUUAUGUUUUCAGAGUUUCCUCAUCUUCAAGUUGGAAGCUUUGCACGAAAUUUGCGGAGGGCCUUUGAGUUUUUAGUUGAAAUUGAAAUGGACUUUGAGGAUAUAAAAGAACUUAUCUGCCAUCACAAAGACACUUUAGGUCUGGUCUUAAUGAAGAAACCUACUAGCAUAAUGUCAAAUCUGAGUAGUGGAAAGAAAAGGCUAUGCAAAAUCAUAACUGAUGAUCCUCACCAGAUGCAGAAAUAUGCAAUGGGAUUGAAAGUUCCUCCCCUUCCAAGUGAUGACUCCAUUCUGAAAUCAAUAAUAGAGAAGAAGAAGUUUUUAUCUCAUCUAGGCUUUGUUGAUAACUCGAAGGAGAUGAAACGGGCCCUUGAGGUAUUUCGUGGAAAGGGUGAUGAGCUGCAAGAGCGGUUUGAUUUUUUUGUUAGAAGUGGACUAAAUCCAAGCGAUGUUCUUGAUAUGUUGAAAAGGGCGCCUCAUAUUUUGAACCAGAAAAUAGAAGUCCUUGAUGAGAAGCUUAGUUUUAUUAUAAAUAAUUUGGGUUAUCCAUUAAGUUCAUUGGUGAGGUUUCCACAAUGCAUGUCAUACACCACAGAGAGGGUUAAACGUAGGCAUUUGAUGUAUGAUUGGCUUAAGGAAAGAGGAAAAGCUACAACAGCUUUAGCUUUAGGUAGCUUAAUAGCUUGUUCGGACAAGAUGUUUAUAAAGAGAUUUGUAAGCCUUCACCCAGACGGUCCCAAAGUUUGGGAAAGUUUCAAAAAAAGCAUUAUCUUCAAGUGAAUGAACUUACUGGUUUGAAUCUUUUUGUAAUUUUGAUGCAAAAGUAAGGUUGCUUAUUUUUAUUAGAAA